AUGAAGGCAAAAGCGUUAAUUGCCACUGCCUUAUUGGCAUCUUCCGCUCUGGGUGCAGCCUCAGCUGAUGCAGUCGCGGUUUGUCAGCAGCUGUAUGCGACCUAUCCCAGUCUCACCGUCUGGGAUCCUCUCGGUUCCUAUGGCGCAGAGAGUGUCUCAAAUGGGGACAAAUACACAUCCGCUCUUCAAGGGUAUUGGAACUCAAUGAACGCCCAGUAUCGUCCUGCGUGCGUCUUCUUCCCCUCCACUGCCGACGAGGUCUCCUAUGCGGUCCAGCAGUUGAAUAAGUACCCAACUACUCAGUUUGCGCUGAAGUCCGGGGGCCAUAAUUUCAACGUCGGCGUGUCUAGUACCAAUGGUGGUGUACUGAUCUCCUUCAACGAAAACCUCUCUUCAGUGACCCGCUCGGCCGAUGGGGAGAGCUUUGAAGUCGGCCCAGGUGCUCGAUGGGGCGACGUCUACGAGGUGACUGCCAAAACAAAUCAAGUGGUUGUUGGAGGGCGCUUGGCCAAUAUUGGAGUUGCAGGGCUCACCCUCGGAGGAGGACUGUCGUACUAUUCGUCGCAAUAUGGAUUGGCGUGCGACAAUGUACUCAAUUUCCAAGUAGUCUUGGGCAACGGAACCAUCGCCAAUGCAAAUCGCACGUCUCAUUCGGAUCUCUGGUGGGCAUUGCGAGGAGGCGGCAACCGGUUCGGCAUCGUCACCAAGUUCACGUUGCAAGCCCAUGACCUCGGCGACAAUGGGCAGGUCUGGGGAGGUAUCCGAUCAUACUCUGCCGACAAGCGACAAGAAGUGUUCAAGGCCCUGUCUACCUUUAUCCGGGACUACCCAGAUGCCAAAGCCGCAGUUAUUCCAACAUUUAGUUUUGGGCCGUCAGGCUCAACUCCGACGAUAUUCUUCUUCUACGAUGGUUCAACACCUCCCGCAAACGCGUUUUCCGGGCUGGAAAAUGUCGAGGCAAUCCUGGACACCACAGCGACAACGACCUAUGUCAAUAUAACCAACCUAACCGGAGGGGCUAGGCCAGAUGGAUUCAGCGUGGGUGCUCGCGUGAACACUUUUCCCAGCUUAGAGCCCGAGAAGACUAGCCAGCUGCUCGAAGCUCUUUUCGAGCUGUAUCAGAAUCAGAUCAGAAACAUCUCAAGCAGGGAUAUUGACAUUCAGAUGGGGGCAUUUACACCCCAGCCUCUGUCAGUUCGCAUCGCACGUGCCUCUGCAAAUCAAGGAGGGAAUGCUCUUGGGCUAGACCCAGCAAACGGCGAUCGAAUCUGGGUGGAGAAUAACCUGAUGUGGAUCAAUCCUGUCUGCAACGAGGCGUGUCCGGCGUAUCUUCGCGAGAUAACAAAUCAAGCCACGUCGGAUUUCACCAGCACCUUUGAGGAUGAGACGCCGACAAACUAUCAAUGGGGUGAUAUACGCUUUAUCUCAUUGAAUCCCCUGUUCAUGAAUGACGCGGCCGAUGAUCAGGAUGUCUAUUCCAGCUACGGGGCGAAGAACAAAGCUCGACUGCAGCAGAUCGCUCAGGCAUACGAUUCUGCAGGAUUCAUGAAGAGACAGGGAGGAUGGGUUUUAAAUUGA